GAUCCUCAUCUACUCCCUCCCCCCACCCACACUCGAAAACUCAAUUCUUCACUUCAUUUCCCACGCAAGGAGAUCGAAAACAAAUCACCUUUUCCUUCACUUUCUUGCCAUCCAAACACUGCACGGCCACUAGUUCGUAACUAGAAAAAGAAACGUUUGCUUAGAUGUGGGCACAGCCGUACGGGAAGACUGACUUGGAGGCCGGAGCGAGGCCUUUGUAUCCAAUGAUGCUUGAAAGCCCGCAACUCCGGUGGGCCUUUAUUCGUAAAGUGUAUUCAAUCUUGUGCUUUCAAUUACUUUUAACAAUCGCGGUGGCGGCUAUGGUUGUUUCUAUCCGUCCGAUUGCCGUCUUCUUUUCGACUACUGGGGCCGGGUUGGCGCUCUAUAUAGUGCUUAUCCUCACACCCUUUAUUACUCUGUUGCCUAUGUAUUACUAUCACCAGAAGCAUCCUGUGAAUUACUUUCUGCUAGGGUUUUUUACCAUCUCUCUCGCCUUUGCUGUUGGCUUAACUUGUGCCUUUACUGAAGGAAAGGUGAUUCUGGAGUCCGCGAUUCUGACAACUGUGGUGGUUGUCAGUCUCACUAUGUACACAUUCUGGGCAGCUAGGAGAGGCCAUGAUUUUAACUUCCUAGGCCCCUUCUUGUUUGGUGCAGUCAUGGUUCUUAUGGUAUUUGCUUUCAUCCAGAUUCUCUUUCCAUUGGGCAGAAUCUCUGUGAUGAUUUAUGGGUGCCUGGCUUCAAUCAUAUUCUGUGGAUACAUCAUAUAUGACACCGAUAACCUAAUCAAGCGGUACAGUUAUGAUGAAUACAUAUGGGCCUCAGUGAGUUUGUAUCUGGACAUCCUCAAUCUCUUCCUCGCGCUGCUAACCAUCUUCAGAGCCGCCGAUAGCUGAAAUCACUGUCCAGUAUCUGUAUACAAGACCAUUUUUCAGUUUUUGUUCCUCUUGGGCAUUCAAUUAAAUCAAACUGUAAACUUCAAUUGUACUAUACUAUUUUCAUCGCCUUUUUUGCCCUCAUAUCUCCAUUGUUGGAAGAGCAGAUGUGAAUGACAAAAGAGAUCUGUUAUCAUUUGCAUAUAUACAGUUGACAAUUAAUCGCGGGUUUUUGUUCGGAUUUGCAUCACA